AUGGCCGCUUCUCAGGUGAACGUCCUCUCCCGGGGACGGCUGACGUUCUGGGAUGUGGCCAUAGACUUCAGUCAAGAGGAGUGGGAAUGCCUGGACCUCAGUCAGCGGGACUUGUACAGGGAGGUGAUGUUAGAGAACUACAGGAACCUGGCCUCCUUGGGUCUUGUGGCCUCUAAGCCGAACCUGGUCACCUUUCUGGAGGAACUGAACGACCCCAGGAGUAUAAGGAGAAUGGACACAGCAGCCAUACACCCAGGCUACAGGCACCUCGUUAGUCAUCCUUCUGGUGCCUACACCUUGGUGCAGAGAUUGGUCCAGAGAUUUGUGCUCUGCUCUGUGGUGGUUCAGGCUUCCUCCACAAGCAUCCCGUUUACAGAGCCCUCCCUCACUCCCGACCCCUCAGGAUGUCUCCUCACUGCCAACCGCAGGCCUCUGCCUGGGUCUGCUGUCCGAACCCCACAUUUCACACCCAGCCGUUGUCUGCAGUGGUGGACGUGCCGCUCAGGCUGGAGUUUUCCCACUGGAGAGAACACUUAUAAUUGUAGUGAAUAUGGUAAAGCUUCUAAUCAGUCUUCAGAACUUGUACAACAGCAAACUAUUCAAAAUCCACAGAAAGGACACCAAUGUAAGAUACACGGGAAAGUCCUUAGUACCUCAUUCAAUCUAAGUAGACGUAGGAAAAUUCAUACAGAAAGGAAAUCUUUCAAAUGUACAGAAUGUGGCAAAACAUUUGUCCGUCGCUCACUUCUUACUCAACAUCAGCUUACUCACACUGGACAGAAAUGUUAUAAAUGUUCAGAAUGUGGCAAAGCCUUUAUUGCGAGUUCAAAUCUUAGUAAACAUCACCGAAUUCAUAUGGGGGAGAAGCGUUAUAAGUGUCCAGAAUGUGGGAAGACCUUCAUAAACAGUUCUGCACUUACUAGACAUCAGCGAAUUCAUACUGGGGAGAGACCGUAUAAGUGUAUUGAAUGUGGCAAAGGCUUUAAUCAGAAGAUCCAUCUUACUACACAUCUGCGAGUUCAUACUGGAGAGAAACCUUAUAAAUGUACAGAAUGUGGCAAAGCCUUUGAUCAGAACUUCAAUCUUACUGCACAUCUGCGAGUUCAUACUGGAGAGAAACCUUAUAAAUGUACAGAAUGUGGCAAAGCCUUUAAUCAGAAAUCAGGUCUCACUAGACAUUUGCGAGUGCAUACUGGAGAGAAAUCAUAUAAAUGUACAGAAUGUGGCAAAGCCUUUAGUCAGAACUCAACUCUUACCCAUUAUCAACGAAUUCAUCCUGGGGAGAAACCUUAA